ACUUUUUCCACCAAAAAAAAGCCUGCUAGCAGGAAGCCUAGCAGGUUGCCAAAAGCAAGUCAUUUGACAUACAAAGUUUUUUUUAAAGCUCCUGUCCAGCCAAAAGUUUGUUAAACCAUGUUUCCAUAAGACAAUUGUAGUGAUGAAUCUUUGUUUUCCAGUGAAACAUUGUUGCAUUAGCUAGCUGGAGUGCAGAUCUUUGUAAAAUACAUGCAUUUAAAUGUGUCUAAAAAGUUUACUGGAUGUGCUUGGACCAAGGACUUCAGUGGCAUGCCAGAAGAGAUACCCCAGAUUAACAGCAGCAAGGCAGGAGGUUUGAAAUGUGGAAGCUUGUAAUUACUAAAAGGAGAUUAAUUGUCCUCUUGUUCAACUAAUAUUAAGUAUUGAUCUGCCUAUACUUAUUUUAUAUCAAGAAAAAGAGGAUACUUCUGCCAAAAUUUCCAAAGAUUCUGGAAGAUGAUGCACUCAAUAGGUUGAAAGACAUACCCACAUCUAGUUUUGAGUGUCAUUAGAAACUGGCUGAUUUUAAAAGCAUUUUUUGGUCUGAUGCCAUAUGAUGGUCUGAUGUUCCAGGAAUUGCUAGUGUCCAUGAAAAAGUGAGGAGGCUGUGGAAUAAUAAUUUUCUAUCCCAGGUUACAUAUAUGACUUAUACAACCACAUAUUUUAAGGAUUUCAUCACAGUCUCUUGAUCCCUUUCUGAAGCCCUUUAUGUCGGUAAGAAGCAGAGCUUGCCUUCACCUCCAGAAAGGAGCUCACAAGUGGUGGGUACUUUACUUUCUUCCCUUAGAGUCAGCAAUAUCUGGACUGUAGCUGCAUUUGGGUGAUGGAGGGAACCAUAGGGACUAUAGUUCCUCCUAUCUUUGGCUUCAUUUCUAGAGAUGCCAUGGAACCUCUGUUCCCUUGGCUAUAGGAUGCCAAAUGUUGUAGAUCCAAAUAUUAGGGGCCAGAUCUGGAAAUGUUGCUCUGAGCAUGCCAUUACAGCAUACUCCUGUACUUUGGCUGGCUGUAACAGGGAGAUGGGAGAGGAGGGCAGUGGAAUGAGGGUAAUGAGGUUUUCAGUUUACAACAGAUAUUUGUAUAUAAAGGUUCAACUUAAUACAUAGCGUAGGAAGGCCAUUCAUCAACUGUACCAUGGCACCUAACCAUCCUCCAAACUGUAAAAACUUAUUUUACCUGUUAAAUUCCACAGUAUUGUACUUUGUUUAUUUUUAUGUUCUGCAAAGUGUAAAAGAGUGCAAAAGUAUUACUCUUGUUUGCAUAGGAAACAAACCAAAACAAGUCCUUUCCUGACUGUGUUUUCUUUGCCUGGUCAGGCACUCCAGGUGAGGGCAUGUGCUCCUUUCAUAUCUUGAUUACAGCACUUCUAAAGAAAGCAACAUGCAUAGUCCUGCAACUUUGGAGGGAUUAAGGCCAUUACAGGUGACUCCUAUUCUGUUGCUUGUCAAAUGGCUAAAUGGAGCCAUGCAAUGGGUCAUUUAUCUGGUGUCAGCAGCUGAAACUUGCAUGAGAAAAAGCUGUUCUAGCAGCGACAAAAGGAAGCCUGUCACGAAUGUGUAAAACAUGCAUGUAACCUAAAACCUUGUAUUUCUAUUACUGUUAAGAGUGUUGCUCCAAGAACCAAAUGAAGUCAUGAAUGUUGUUUUGGAUAUCUAGCUUAGGAUACUUCAGUGCUUAAAAUUAAUUUAUAUAAAAAUUAAACAGCACAAAAGCGUUUUAAAGUUGUUGUAGUGCCAACGGCAGGUCGGCAGGGUGUGAGUGGUGUUACUGCGUCUCUGCAUAUCCCAAAUAUGUCAAAUACACAUGGUUCUGUGGCACUCUGGCAAUAUCCUUUCCACACCACAGAGAUACAUUACCUGUUGUUGACCCAGACGAUGUCACCACCCAACACAGAUAACCGCUGUCAUUCCCACUGCUGAUGAGUUGUCACUGAGAUGCUGCCAACCAGACUUGCAGAGGAAGUUUGCUGUGAUGGUGAGAUCCCCAAUCACUUGACCGGUAGCUCAAUGCACACGUUGUUCAGAGCUAUUAUCUUGCAGCGUUAUGCAGUUCAAAUGAAGUGCAUUGCAACUAUGUUAGCAGUGUAUUUUGACAAAAUCUUUCAACGUGAAGUAUAGUUUAAUCCACGUAAGAUUAAAAAUCUUUCCAAAAUAUAAAAAAAGAGAGGAAAAAAUAAAAAACUCACCGAGAAAGUAAGAGAUGCACUUUUUUCUCAUUCAAGGACAAGCUUUUGUUACUGACACAGAUGGUAGGGAAAAGUAGCUCCUUUUCUCUCGAGCAGCUGUGAGCUGCCAUGCUGUAGGAGAGGUGUACUGCUAGGGAAGAUGUGCAUAGGUGAUGUGGGCUGCCCAGUGUUCAGCUUCAUCCCAUGGUGUGCAGAAAAAGGUGAAGUAUGAGUCUCUCCUGGCUGUCCUGUGUGGCUGGCUGUACUGCACAGAGUAGCUCUGUCAUCUGGAAAGGGAAGCCUUUUCCAAUCAAUAAUCCACCCCAAAGCUGCCACGCUUACUGAAAUCAUGUAUGCUCCCUUACCUUGAAGGAUUUUUAACUUAUCCUGAAGACCAGCAUAGCAAAUGUCUCCCUGUCACUCUCCAAAUGCUCUGCUUGCACACUCCUGGGAGCUUUGCACUUGCUCUUUAUAGCAGCACUGAAAGCCAGCAAGGUCCUGGGGGAACGACAAGAACCAAGCAGCUCUUGUCCAGCAACAGUGUUUGGGAACCGUAAGAAAAGAUCCAAUUUUAUCUUAGUUCUCAUGAAAAAUGUCACAGGAUGUUUAAUGUCCUUUCUGAGGAAAGACCUGCUGUUUUCCAGAUCUUGCCUGAAAACACAUGCAGUAUUCAGCAAGCCACUUAGUUUAUCUGUCUUGGAAAAACAGAAGGCUGCUGGAAUUUGAAACUUGUUCCAAGAGUCUAGGGUCCAAACCUCUGUGAGUCCUUCCCCUGGUCUGGGGUUUUGAACUGAGUUUGAAAAUUUAAAGACUAGCAGGCAGUGGCAGCAGGACUCCUAAUGGUGUAUGGGCGUGCAGGGCUGGUGUAUGUGAUAGCGGGCCAUCCCUAUGCUGAAGUUUUGGUGUUAUUUCCACCCUCGAGUGCUGCCGGACUUUGCAAUAGGUUAAAAAUACCUUAUGAAAUGCCUGAGAGCACUGAUCCACAAAUCCCAGAACAGACUUUGCCUCGAUGGGGGGGGGGGGGAGAAGCCCUCUUAAUGCGGUGAAAGCACCCGUGGCACUGGUGAGACCCGCUUUUCGCUUUUCUUGUCGGUGAAGGUACCACGAAGGAGGGACUCCGGUAGCAGCUUGACGGAGCCGGGCGAGGGGAAGAGCCGCGCCGAGGCCACCGGGGAGGGGAACCGGUCGACCAGAUGGCCAGUGACCCAUGUGCCGAGCAGCCCCGGCCCACACCUGGCAUGCUGGCUGGAGUCAGCCCCUGCCACUGAGGCCAGGAGGAGGGAGGAAUCACCAUGGCCUCAUCCCAGCGGGCCCGGCACAUUGGCCCUCCUGAUGGAGGCUGGGGAUGGAUGAUCGUUGCUGGCUGCUUCCUUGUCACUAUCUGUACCAGGGCUGUGACAAGGUGCAUCUCCAUAUUUUUUGUGGAGUUCCAGGCAUACUUUGGGCAGGAUUAUGCCAGAACUGCUUGGAUCCAUUCCAUUGUCGACUGUGCUACAAUGCUCUGUGCCCCACUUGGGAGUUUAAUCAGUAAUCAUGUAUCCUGCCAAGUUGGUAUCAUGCUAGGAGGGCUGCUUGCAUCUUCUGGACUAAUUUUGAGCUCAUUCGCCACCAGUCUGGAACAUCUCUACUUAUCAUUAGGAGUCCUUACAGGACUUGGGUUUGCACUUUGUUAUUCUCCAGCCAUUGCGAUGGUGGGCAAAUACUUCAACAAAAGAAAAGCAUUGGCGUAUGGAAUAGCCAUGUCAGGAAGUGGAAUCGGUACCUUCAUCCUGGCCCCCGUAGUCCAGCUCUUAAUUGAGCAGUUUUCCUGGCGAGGAGCUUUACUCAUCCUGGGAGGUUUUGUUUUAAACCUCUGUGUCUGUGGCGCCUUGAUGCGGCCCAUUUCUCUUAAGGAGGAUCGUAAAACUGUUCCUGAGUUUCUUGAACAGGAUCGUGUCCCCGAAACAGAGAAACAAGACUUAAAGCAAAUGUCCAUCUGUUCACCUUUAAUCAAAGUGUGGUCUCGUGACUGUUUAUGCUACUGUUCAUGGAAGGAAUAUGACUUUUUACUGAUGCCAGGCUUCAUGGUGCUGGCAGUGUCAGUUUUAUUUAUGGCAUAUGGAUGUAGCCCUCUUUUUGUCUACCUGGUGCCUUAUGCUUUGAGUGUUGGAGUGAGUCAUCACCAGGCUGCCUUCCUCAUGUCCAUACUUGGUGUCGUAGACAUCAUUGGUAAUAUCACCUUUGGAUGGCUAACAGACAGAAGGUGUCUGAAGAAGCAUCGGUACUUUUGCUACCUCUUUGCUGUGGGAAUGGAUGGCCUCUGUUGUCUUUUCCUGCCAGUUCUCCAAAACUUCCCCUUGCUUGUGCCUUUCUCAUUUACCUUUGGCUACUUUGAUGGAGCCUAUGUAACGCUGAUCCCUGUCAUGACAGCAGAUGUAGUGGGAACUUCCUCAUUAUCAUCAGCACUGGGCGUUGUGUAUUUCCUGCAUGCCAUACCGUAUCUAGUGAGCCCGCCUGUGGCAGGUUGGCUGGUGGACACAACUGGCAGCUAUACUGCAUCAUUCCUCCUGUGUGGAUUUUCCAUGAUAUUUAGUUCAACACUAUUGUGCUUUGCAAGACUAGCAAAGAAAAUCAAAAGAACACAUUUGCGGUCCCUCACUAGUGAUACAGGCAUGAAACAGCACAUGUGGACAAAUGGAGCAAUAGCUUAUUCUGUCACAGCAGAAUUAGACCAAAAGGACAUUGAAUUUUUGGCUGUGGACACAAACAGCUGCAGCAAGAGGUGACAAGUGCCAUCAAGAUUCAGUAGGACACAGCCACGACUGAGACAGAGGUGGCUCCGUAGUGUUACGCUGCUGAAGAUACUACUCCUGUGAACCGAGGCAUCUUUCAAUUAGAUUUUUCUGUCGUGCUUUAGUUGACUAAAAUCUACAUACAGCAGCAGUAAUACCAAGUUAAUGCAGUAAUAGAAGAAAGCUAGAAUGAAAAUAGAGUUUGUAGAUGCAAAUGUUCACAGAUUUAUUUGAAAUGCAAUGUCCACUCCACAGGUAAUCAACAAUUGGCUGUACUCAACAGAAAACGAUAAAGUAAUCAGUCACCAAAACUGAACACUAACAUUUACAUUAUUUAAAAAAUAUUAUUAAUGACCCAAGCUUUUUGAUGUUGUGGUCUAGUAUGUUUCAAUGGACUAAUAACACACACCACCAAAAAACCUCCACAUGUGAUUUAUGCUGAAAGUAUCUCUGGAGCAGCUUUAAUUUUUACAAUGUGCCUGAACUUUGUACAUACAUUCCAGUUUAAUUUCAAAUAUAAUUUUAGACCUACUUUCCCAAGCCCUCUACAGAAAAAAAAAAAAAAAAAAAAUUUUUUCCUCCUGGAUGUCUUUAAAGCUUGAAUUUCUAAAAAUUGAAAUCCCAGAUAUGAUUUUCCAGCUGAUCCUUGUCUUGGAGGGUGGAAGAGGUACUGUGGCAGCUCUGCUAUAUGAAAAGGAGUAAAUUUGUGCCAGAGGACUAGGCAUGCUGAUAGACAAACCUGCUUUAGCUGCAUUAGUUGGAAGAAUCCUAAAGGCAGCCCAGGAGACCAGAGGAGAGGCUCAUGUGCUUUCAAAUACAGAGGCUCUUCCUCUUGUCAAAUCAGCAGCUGUUGGAGAACUUCAGAGUCCAUGCAACCAGAUGACUGAGAGAUUGCUCCCUGACUAGGCUAUGAGUAAAGAGGAUUGUGCUGUGUAUUGCAGUGGCAAGUCUUUCUCCUUUUGGCCCCAGGAGCUGUAUCUUCAGGUGGUGCAAUUUAGUUGUUUGUGCCAUCUGAAGAGAUGUCAGGUCACUUGUCCUUGAUGGCCAGAACACAACAGCUGGGACUUGGUGGUGGUUUCCUGCUACUUGUGUGAGGAAUUCACUACAGCUGGCUGCUUCAUAGGAGCUAGGGACUGAAUGUAGAUCGUGGGUUAAAUUACUGAUCUGAUAAAUAAUGGGAUGUUUCUACAUUUUCAGAAUGAAAAUGUUGUCAACAAUGGAGGAACUUCACAUUCCGCAAUACAAAUAAUUUCAGUAUUUUGAUGCUGUAUAAAGCUGUGUUCUGUCCAAUAACAAAUUGAUCAGAGUCCAAAUAAUUUUCAUUAACACUGACCUAGCAGUUUUGUUAAUCAUCUGCAGUGUAUUCAGUGGCUGCUCAUGGUGUUCUUUUCCACGCUGUGCCUCGGAAGGGAAAGCAACAUAAACUGGUGUUCAUGAAGCUGAUUUAGAUCAAGAGUACAGCCAUAGGGGUAUAAUGUAUUUUUUAAUAUAUAUGUAUGAAUAGCAUGUGUAUCAAGUAGUUUAAUUAUUCAAGCAUAUUUCAAAUAUAAAAUAUUAAAAUUAUUUGACUUCAAUUGUCUGUGAUUAAAUAAAGCAUUUCUCGCUGCCCUGCUUCAGAAGUGUAGUCAGAGCCAGUAGGAUGAUAUAUGUGCACAGACCACAGAAUAAGAGAUGGGAGUGCAAAAACUGCUUAAAGGUAAUGACAUAACCUUUCUUCAGCUCUGCAUGAAAAUUGAGUCCUGGUCCCUAAUAUUGUUUUUAACAUAUAUUCAUUAAAAAAAGACAAAAAUCCUCCAUGAAUGUUUCUUAGUGAGUUAGGAAAAAUAUGCAAAUCUGGAACAAAUGAAGUGGUUUUAUUAAUUAAUACUGAUGAAGAUAAUCUUUUAGAUCUUAAUGCAAUAUUUUAGUAGUAAAGAAAUGGGGCAUAGUAUGGUCUACAAAGAAUAUAAGUAAUUUUAAACAAGUUAUAACCACUGUUAUUUACUUUACAAAAAUUUAAUUACUUUGUUUACCACAUCAUAACAUGUCACUAGUUGUUCAUGUCAGAGCUGCAUAUUGUAAAAGCCUGUUGGAAUAAUGUGACAUGCAUUUUUAUCAUGUAAACUAUACUGUGUAAUACAUUCGUAGCAUUUUUAAUUUUUUUUAUUUCAAGAUAUUUUUUUCAUAGGCUUUUCCCUAUAUGUGUUUAAAGUAGUACUUCUUGUUUUAAAUAUCUUAUUUAGCAACAAACAUUCAACUGGUUUUAUACACAGACCUUUUGUAGAAAACGGUAGGAUUCUUUCAAGGUUUUCUAACACUGUUUCUGCUCUGACUUAAGUCAAUGGAGAAAAGCUUAUAUACCGAAAUGAUGCUUUCUGUGCAUAAAACACACUGUGAAAUACCAGCCCUGUCAUGAAUGUCCCCACAAAGAAGGAAGCGUAACAACCUGCAAGCAGAAGAAAUCGGAAUACAAUUCAGGCUGGUGAAACUUGACACCAGACUUCUACCUCCUAGUCUACACAACCCAAGCUGAACAGUUCAUCUUUAUCCUGCCAUGUGAUAUAUUUCAGGGAACGCAUUGUAGAAGUCUCUGGCUUACAAUAUUUUUAAAGAAUGAUUCAUUGUAUCUGUAAUAUUUUUUCAGACAGGAUAAUAUUCAGGCUGUCCUUCAAGGAGGAGAUUUCCUGGCAUGGCACAGUGCAGCAGUAAAGUGAGAUAGCUGGGCUAGCUGUGAGCAAUUUGCCAGGCUUACGCUGCAUGUUCAGUGAUCUUAGUUGUCUUUUCCAACCUUAGUGAUCAUGUAAUUCUAUGUUCCUGCCAGCCCUGAUGGAUACGAGCAUCGAUGGAUAUGAGCUUGGAUGGAGCACUGCACUGCUGAGCCUGUCUGGCUUCCCAGGAUAGCGUGGUUUGACUUGACUGGGGUAAGAUCUGUCCGAGACAGGAACAGAAAGAUUGUACCUCAGAUGAAUCCUGCCUGGAAUAAUGCUCUGUUCUGUGCAGUAGAUGGAAAUUCAGUGUCAUCAAUAUCUACAUCUUGCUUCAGCAAAGUCCAUGUAAAAUGACAUUGUAAGUGCAGCAGGGAAGUCUUCAAGGAAUCCUUGGAAAUGGUAGCUUCAAAGCUGAAGGAGUGCUGCUCACUGUUAUUAUGCUUCCCAUUUUAUAGAAUCCAACUGUCAUGUGGUCUGUGACCACUUUCACUGGAAACAGAAAGUGAAACUCCAGCUUUUCUCUGAGUCUGCCAAAGAAGCAGAACAGUCUGCAGUUGGAGAAUCGAAACUGCUGCAUCAAUAAGCUGCUCUUUUUCAGCCUGGCUCUGUGCCACAUAUUACUCUGUGUUGUGGCAACAGCUCCCUAGUGCUUCCAGCAUUUACUCUGUUCAAAGGCAGGGGUAUCUAUGAUAGAGGGAAUAUUUCAGUCUAGUGUGGGCUGACCUGGUUAUCAUGUACAGGCUCAGGAAGGAUCAUUUCCUCCUCUUACCUCUGCACCUUUGCACACCUACAUCAUGCUUUAGGCUCCUAUUUUAUUGGUGUUGGGUCAUGCACGUGAGCACAGCCCCUGCCUGUUCUCCUUCAUCCUGUGCCUCCGCAUCACAAGAUCUCUGCUGUUGUACCAGGCCUGUGUUUCUCUGGACUGUGUCAUUGUCUAAGAGUACUAAAUAUCUCAUCCCACCUGCAGGAACUAUUUGUCACUUCUCCCUACAUAAACCCAGAGUUAACCUUUCAUAAAUGAAGUUCAGUUCAAGAAACUGCUGUCACAGUUGUGCCAAGCAAAACAAAGUCACAGGUGGGUCAGGACAAGGUCAAACUGAGCAGACCUGGCAAGCCUCAGUUCCGAGGCCAUGCAAACUCAGUGCAAAGCUUAUGGCCUGUUGGGAGCAACAGCAAUGCUGUGUUACAGAGCU